UGGUGGCAGUGAAAACAAAGUAGACAUCUUGAAAACUUGAUUGUUUUUGUUUUGCGCCGACCGUUCUCUUGUAUAUUUUAUUUAAAAUUUUUAUUAGAUUGCUCUAUUGGAUGUGAAAUUCUAACAAAAUGGCAUCAAAAAGCUCCUCUUCCGAUGCUCGAGCCGAAUUAGCAGAACUUGUUCGGAGAAAAGCUGAAAUUGCGGAGACCCUGGCAAAUCUUGAAAGGCAGAUUUAUGCUUUUGAAGGCAGCUACCUGGAGGACACUCAGCUCUAUGGGAACAUCAUCAGAGGCUGGGACCGCUACCUGACCACCAACAAAAAUACAAACAGUAAAGCCGAGAAGGGUAAUAGGAAAUUCAAGGAUGCCGAGAGACUGUUCUCUAAAUCCAGUAUCACAUCUCAGGCAGUCAGUAACCCAGAGUUCAAAACUGAAAUGUGCCAAAGUGAUUGAAUCCACCUUUUUAAAUUGUUUCUGUGUAUAAACUUGAGUUAUCUAAAGUAAGUAUUCUCAUCUUGUGAUACUAUAAUUAUAUGUUUCCAGUGAUUGACAUUAUUUAAAGUAUUUUAACGGCAUAUAGAUGUUUUUAUCCUAAUUUCAACACACAUAUUGAGCUUGAAUAGUUUAUUUUUUCGUCCAAUAAUUCAUUAAAUUGUUUCAAAAUGUUUAGAAA